UAUUUUUGUUGUUGUGUUUGUACGGGCAAUUUUGGUAAAAAGUGUAAAUUCUCGUUCAGUUUUGUUUUGUUUUUGUUAAAUAUAUAAAUAAAUAUAGGAAAAUAAUCGCGAAAUAGAUACGGAGUGCUCCACAUACGAUAAAGUUAAUGAAAACGGUGAAUAAACAGUGAUAAUCUAACAACGAAAUAAGUAUAUCCAACGAAAGCAACAAAUGUUUGUCCAAACGAAACAAAGUUGAAGUUGAAGCAAUUUAGCCGAGAAGCAGACACAGCCGAACCAUAAACGAAUCAUCAUGGAUCAACCAUUGGUGGUACAGGCUGAAUUUUCCUUUAUGGGAAGCAACAAUGAUGAGCUAUGCUUCAAAAAGGGUGAUCUAAUAACAGUUACCCAACGUGAGGAUGGCGGCUGGUGGGAGGGAACAUUGAAUGAUAAGACUGGCUGGUUUCCCAGCAACUAUGUAAAUGAAUAUAAUGCCCCCUUGCCACAAAAAGAGGUAUCAAUACGUGCCCCCGAAGAGAUCCAAGAGUAUCGUUCGGUUGUACUGAAAGAUCUUUUGGAUUCCGAGCGAGCCCAUGUGGCUGAAUUGCAGGGACUCUUUGAGAAUUUCCUAGAACCCAUGCUCCAGACACAAAUUCUCAAUCCUGAUGAAUAUGCCCAGUUGAUGUGCAAUUUUGUGGAAAUCGUUCGUACCCAUGAGGAUUUGCUAACACAAAUUGAAGAGUGCAAGGAGAGAGUUGGAAAACUAUUUCUAACCAUAGCCCCACUAAUGAAGAAGGUUCAUCAGGCCUAUUGUGCUGCUCAUCCCAAGGCCAUAGUCAUAUUAGAUAAGUACAAAGAUGAGCUGGAAAAGUAUAUGGAACGUCAGGGAGCUGCCACUCCUGGCCUACUGGUUCUUACCACAGGUCUAUCGAAACCGUUUCGCCGCCUGGAUAAAUAUUCUGCUAUGCUGCAAGAGUUGGAACGACAUAUGGAGAGCAGUCAUCCAGAUCGUGGUGAUACACAACGCAGCGUUGCUGUCUAUAAGGAUAUUGCUGCCACAUGUUCGGCGACGCGACGGCAAAAGGAAUUGGAAUUACAAGUACUAACUGGUCCAGUUCGUGGCUGGCAGGGACAAGAGCUAAGCUCAUUGGGCGAUAUCAUUCAUAUGGGCAGUGUUGCUGUUGGAGCCGAUCAUCGAGAUCGUUAUUUUGUACUCUUUCCACAAACGUUGCUAAUUCUAAGUGUUAGCCAAAGGAUGAGUGCUUUUAUCUAUGAGGGCAAACUUCCCUUAACUGGCAUUGUGGUGAAUCGUUUGGAGGAUACGGAGGCCAUUAAAAAUGCUUUCGAGAUUAGUAGCUCAUUAAUUGAUCGCAUUGUGGCCGUUUGUCAAGGACCAAAUGAAGCCAACAAAUGGGUGGAGCUAUUAAAUGCCAAUAAUCCUAGUCUGCCCAUGGGCAUUAAGAGGCAAUUGAGCAAUCUGAGUAAUUCCUCUUUGGGUGGUCAAUUGAAUGCAAGUCAUCUCAGUCAGCAUUUGGAUUCGCGUGGCUAUUGUACACGCUUCUCCCUGUGUGCCUACUACAACAGCAAUAACAACAACAACAACAUUUCCCCAACCAUCACUCUACCUCCAAGAAAUUAUCCGCCCACAGCACCCUAUGCCAAUUUAAGUGCCCAUUUUGCUUGCCUCGUAAAGGCGGGACGCCUACGUGGUGCCAUUGUAAAGAUGCUACUCUAUCCCCAAGCUCGCCAGAGCAUUGAUCUCAAGCGGAUAGCUUUGCGUAAGAAACGUUGCCAUAAGGCAGCGGCCAAAUUGAAAGAUCUCAAAAACGAUACUAUGGAACUCUCUAAUCAGUCAUCGGAACUGGAGCGUCAAGAUGCUUUUGAAUUUCCCACCGAUUCAGAGAGCUAUGAAGACGAAUAUGAAGAUGGCACCAGUCUACGAUCCUGUGAUUCGGAUCCAUUUGAGUAUGUGAAAUUCUAUCAGAAUAAACGUGACGAUGAUUCUUUGUAUUGCAAUUCAACGGGCACUUUUGUGGAUCAUCCGCAGGACGGAGGACGAAGUAAACCCAGACAUUUAUCAUCGAUUAAUUUAAUUAAAUUGGAAUCAUUCGAUGAUGAUGAAGAUAGAUUCCAGGGACAAAAUCAAUUGAAGAAGGAAUCUCUGAUAAUAGGCUCUCAGGCAUUGAGAGCUUUAGCUCGCAAGUCAACGGAAAGGCAUUCAAGUAUUCACACAUCCACAGCCACAUUGGAAUUGGGUGGCACUAGUCUAACCAAUCAUAUAGAAGAGGACGAAACGGUGGCAGAAUCGCCUCGCCCCAUUCUGUUGCAACAACAAAGAUCCGAUGCCAGCUCCAUGUAUAUCGGACGUUUGGGUGGCGCAUUCACAGCAUGCGAGAAUCUAGCAGAGGAGGAAACCUUAUCUAAUCCACCCAUUGCCUCAAAUCCCAGUUCACCAAUCGAACGUCAUAGCAUGCCAAGCAUUUUUGUGGGCAAUCGCUUCAAUCAUUCGAAAAACACUGAAGUCUAUGUGCCUAGUUGGCGUGAUCGUCAGGAGUUGAUACAAAAGCAGAGUGUCGAAGAGGAUGUCCACUCAAGUUCCUUAGAUCUGCCAGCUGCUUGUCUCACAGCACCAGAUAAGCUUCAAGCCGAGUUACUCUACAAUAAUAAUAAUAAUGUAUCAUCCCUUGGGGAAGACAAUAGCACUAUUAAACCCAAUCCAUCUACAAACCGUAGUAGUAGUUCAUCAUCAGAAUUAUGCAUAGAUACCAAUGCAACAAAAAAUCGUGAUUCUAUGCGACGCUGCAUAAGCUAUCAGUAUCUCCAAAUGAAUGAUAAACCAAUGUCUACACCGCCACGACAAGCGCCAACACCUCCUCCUCCACCGCCGCCGCGACGAGAUCGGGAACGUGAUCGUUAUAGGGAUCGGGGUGGUGAUCUCCAUUUAGAUUGCAAAUGUCGUUGCUGUGAGAGUUCUCAGUGUCCCAGUCCGAGGUCUAGUGAUAGUGGCAUGGCUGGAAGUUGUACCAUAGCCUCACCAGAUCCACCGAAUGAGACCCGAGGCCAUGAUAAUCUAUUGGAUGAACAGCAUUUUGAUGUCUGCGGUAGAUUUAGAGAAAAAUUUCUAACACCAGAGGCAAGUCAAAUUCUCGAAGACGAAAAACCAAAUGAAGACAAACUAGAGGAGGCAGAGGAAACGGAGCCACGAACCCCCACCAACCGAAAGGACGAGGAGGAAGAGGAAAAUGAUGUGGAAGAUUGUCCUUUAUUGCCGCCACCUUCGCCAUUUCAAGUGUACACCAAAAGUAUUUUCUUGCCCUCCAGCUCAAGUGUGGACGAGACGAGUCAUCGCUGUAAUAAUUAUCAAAAUGAUCAACUUCUCUUCACGUCCAACUCAUCGGAUCAAUUGGAUUCAGUUGCUCCAGUAGUACCAUCUCCUGGACCAGUUUUUCGUUCCGGCAUGUAUGCCCAUUGGUGGAAGAAGGAACGUCUGCCACCCGAAGUGGUUCGCGGCAUUGUUCAUGCCUAUAAAAAGAGUAAGGAUUCCUCCAGCAUGGAUUCAAAAAAUUCCAUUUGUUCGAGUUGCUUUUGUUCGCUGGAUGUGGCCAGUGGAUAUAGUGAGGGUGCCCUCUAUUGUUCAAUCUGUCAGAAUUGUUGCAGCGGUUGCAGCAUUGGAAGCAACACCACAAAUACCACAACAGCCACCACAGCCACCUCUUCAUCAUCUACUUCCGGAUUUUGUCCUCUCUGCAGUGAGGAUGAGGAUUGUGACAAUGUGGGAGCAAGCGGUGGCAGACUUUCAAAUUCUAUCGAUUGUUCAUUGUGUGCGGCUCGCGAAGAAGAUGUCACCGCCAACGGGCCACAAUCUGCUUAUGCCACCAGGCAACAACCGUCAACAGCAGCCACAAAGCUUGCCGCCAGUAACUGUAGGAGGCGGGAACAACCAACAACAGCAGCAGCAGCAGCCAUUGGCGGGGGGAGCCAACAUCAACAACUCGAUGUCACAACACAAACGGAGCCUGUCCUUCAAUCAUCACCUCAGUUACAAUCAAUACAACACGCACACUCAGCCUCCACCACAUCUAAUGCAUCCACCACAACCACCAAGUCUACCAAGUCAUCUGGGAACACUAAGCCACAAAUCAAGUUUAGUCCAGACACCAAACAACAAGACAGUAGCACCACAGCCAUUAGCAACCACGGAAGGCAAUCAAGCGGUGGCAGCAGCAGCAGCAACGGUCCAAGCGGCGGGGCCAAGCGCAAGGAAAGGAAGCACAAAGGCUAACUGGACCAUCAGCUGUUUGCGUCCCACACCGCCAUUGCGUCCCAGUUUAUUAAAUGUCACAACU